UUUGACCACAUGUACGCGUAGUCGAGAAGAAGAAGAAGACAUAAAACUAUAAAAGUCGUUUGAGCUAUCGAAUCGCCAAUCGUGUUAUAUUAGUUCCAAUUUUAUGUACCAAAAAGAACAAAAAAGAAGAAUAGACGAAAAAUGAAGAUAUACGUGGUUGCAUUAACUUUCAUGUGUUUCUAUUGCGGAAUCAACGCAUUUCCAUCGCUAGUCACGAUGAUAAAGGAAACGGAAGUGGAUAAGUCGAAUGGCCUAAGGUAUCCCAAUGUAAGAAUUGAAAAUCGAGCAACCGGUUACAGAGCCAAGGGACGCGUAAGUUAUCCGGGAUGCAGUUCGGAUGAUUAUGAGCUACAAUAUGGUGAAAAUACUGACAUAUGGCGCGCAGGCUGUUUAAUCACACAAAUAACUGCCGUGUUGUGGAAAGGCGAGAACAAUACACGAGCGACAUCGUACAUAUCGUCUGGCACCAGCUACAGUCAAUUUGAAAUCGUACCAGUCGGAAAUGGUUUUGUGGUUCAACGCGUUAAAUAAAAAUCGGACUUUGCACAUACGAAUCGAAAAUGAAAUACUAGUCUGACGUCAUUUUUAAUUCAAAUGAAAUUAACUCCAAUUAAAUAACAUUCAAGAAAAAAAGGUUUUUUUCAAGCUGCCUUUUUUAUUGCGUCAGUCUUCAUUUUUUAUUUGGCCUAAAAAAAAAAAAACAAUUGUUUUCGGAAAAUCACACAGCCGCCAUAGUCAACUUUAUCCGCCAUGUCUCUCUGUUUUGGACAUCACUUGAUUGAAUCAGCUGUAGCGAACUGUAGAUUGUAGAAGAUGAUAAGAUUUUAAGUGAAAAUAAACACAAUGAAGUGGAAUACAUUGAAAA